AUUAUAAUUUACAGGUACACUGGAUAUUCACAAGAUUCGAUGUAUCCCAUGAAUUAUUAUAGUGUUUAUGGUGGUCAACAAUUCUCACCUUAUUACACCACCACUGGGGCAUCAGGGCCAACUGGCAUGUACCAAAAUGUCUACCCAUUAUAUGCUCAGUAUGCACAGAGCAGUAGCCAGGCUCAUGGUCUUGGAGUUCAAUAUCCCCAAAUGGUACAGUAUCCAUAUUUGCCUCAUCAGCCCUAUGCUGCUGGUUCCACAGCUGGGAUUCUCUCUCUUCCUUCUUCAAUGGCAAUUACCACCACCACAACUACCACCACAGGUGCAACAGCAGCAGCAGCAGCAGCAGCAGCAACUGGUGCUGGUGCUUCUUCACAAGCCUCUGCAGCCAAUUCUGAACAGAAUUCUUCAACUUAAAUGUCUACAGAGGGAAAAAAAAAACAAUGUCUUCUUUACAAGGCUAACCACAUUGAUAAUGGGUUACAGAGUCAAAGUGCAAAAGGGGAGGGGAAAUGUCAAUAACAAAACCAUAAUAAGCUAUCAAUUUCAAAAGGGUGCCUAGCCUGCUGCAGAAUACAUAUCAGCUGCCAUAAGAAGAGAUCAAAGGGCAUCCAAGUGAUCAGCAUUGGACGGUUCAUUGCUUGCUCCACACUAACUUCAUCUUCAUCAUCAUACAUGGGUGGGUUAAGACAAAUAGGGGAGUCUUAUUUUCAAGUAGUUGUUAGCAUUAGGAGAAUUAAGAGUCAUAAUUUAAUCAUUCAUGUAUUGGCAUCAUGGGGUGGAAGCUAAAUAUUGGGCUUUGGAUUCUGCCUCACACACUAAUUACCAGUUGGGUUAUGUGCCUCGGGUGCAUAGAGCAUCCAAUGACAUAAUACCGCUUGUUUAUAUUGGAAAGCAAUCGGGUUUCAAAAGAUUGGUUUUGUAUCUUUGAAACCCAGUUUGGUCAAAGCUCUCGGAUAGCUUUAACUGGCCAUUAACUUGUAAUUUUCUUCGUUUUGGUCAUUGUUCAUGAUUGAUACUUUUCAAGAUAGGAUUAGUUGGAAAAAAUAGAAGAUUGUCUGUCCCUCUCAUUUAUAACUU